CUCAAAGCUGGUGGCUAUGAAAGUUUCCUAUCUCUAUUUUAAUAUUUUCUCUCUCUGCCAGCCAACAUCCAUUGGAGCUCCUCACAGGACGCCGCGAGAGAGAGACAUCCCACCACGACCAUUAGAGCGAGCUACUCUCAAAAAUUUCAAAUCUUUCGACUCCAUUUUUCUGAAUUCUCUCUCCUCUUUCUUGAAACAGGGAAAGAGAGAGAGAGAGAGAGAGAGGAAGAAGGAAGCAGAAGAUUGUAGAAAAAAGAUCAAUGGAAGGUUCAGGGACAUGGCAAGGAUUGACCCUCGUGAGUAUUGUGACAUGGAUCUGUCUAUCUUCCUAUCUGAGAUUGACCCAGAAGGUUAGAUCUCUUGUUCAACCAUGGGUCGCUCGUCAAGUCGUCGGUGGCGUUCCCCUCAUCCUCGAAAUUCAGAAACAUCAGAGUGGAGUGCUGGAUGCUCUCUUCUCAGGGCUUUCGUGUGUUGUCUCUGUGCCCUUUUACACUGCUUUCUUGCCUCUGCUCUUCUGGAGUGGACAUGGUAGAUUGGCGAGGCAGAUGACUCUAUUGAUAGCAUUCUGUGAUUACUUGGGAAACUGCAUAAAGGAUGUUGUAUCAGCUCCUCGCCCUAGCUGCCCACCAGUCAGAAGGAUUACUGCCACAAAAGAUGAGGAAGACAAUGCAAUGGAGUAUGGCUUGCCUUCUUCGCAUACUUUAAACACUGUUUGCUUAUCCGGAUAUCUGUUGCACUAUGUGUUGUCCUCUUUUGAACAUGAAGAAUCGUCCAUCCAAUACUAUGGAUUUGCCUUUGCUUGUCUGUUGGUAGCCCUAAUUGCAUUUGGAAGGAUUUACUUGGGUAUGCACAGUGUGGUCGAUAUCAUCGCUGGUCUUGCCAUAGGAGUCCUUACUCUCGGUCUUUGGCUUACCGUCAAUGAAAACAUUGACGACUUCAUUACCUCGAAACAGAAUGUUAGCUCCUUCUGGACUGCUCUAAGUUUCUUGUUGCUCUUUGCUUAUCCCACCCCCGAGAACCCAACUCCAAGCUACGAGUAUCACACCGCCUUCACUGGGGUUGCACUAGGAAUUGUGACUGGCGUUCAGCAAACAUACAGCCAGUUCCACCACGAAGGGGCUCCACGAAUCUUCUCACCAGAGCUUCCUGUUACAGCCUACAUUGGGAGAGUCAUGGUGGGGAUACCAACGAUACUCUUAGUGAAAUUCUGCAGUAAAUCCCUUGCUAAAUGGAUCUUGCCAACAGUAUCCAACACACUUGGGAUUCCUAUAAGAUCCACCACGUACAUUCCCAAGCUCAAGCUAGACAAGGGAUAUGCAAAUGGGAAGAAUACGGACGAAACUAAGAACUCGGUUGGGUAUUCACAGAAAAUGUGCGAGUUCUUGAAUCAGGACUCGUUUGAUAUUGACACGGGUAUAAGGUUCUUGCAGUACGCAGGGCUUGCCUGGUCUGUUGUUGAUCUUGUUCCUUCCAUGUUCUCUUACUUAAACUUGUAGUAACAGUUUCAUUCUCUUGUGUUAUAUAAUAUUAGUGUUGCCACUUGUA